AUGACAUGUGCGUCACACCGCAAUGGUCUUAGUACCAGCUGGCGUCGGGGUCUUGCUGACGAGUCAGCUUUAAACAUUGGCGACAUACCAGCUGAUACAAUAAAUCCUCCAUCGGUAUCGUUAUGGGAAACCGUUGAUGUUAAGAAAUGGAUGAAGACAAACAAUUUAAAUGAAUAUAUUGAUAAAUUUUGUACUGAAAAUGAAAUUGAUGGGUUAACACUUUUAUUGAUGAAAGAAGAUGACUUGAAAAAUCAACCAUUGUCUAUUGUAACUUUGAGAGAUGUUAAGAGAUUAUGGUAUCAUAUUCGGUUGUUACAAUGCUCAGAAGUGAAUUUCUAUAAUCUAUUAUCAAUACCAAAUGAGAAAUUUAGUAAUACUUUAAUAUCGUCAUCAAAAACUGAUUUAGCUCAAAACGCACAACAUAAUAAAGAAAAUCAUUCAACACUGAUACCAUCGAAUUUUUUAGACACAAAGACGCACAGCACACAUAGUAUUCGUCGAACAAAAUCAAAUCAAAAUGUCUAUUGUACCAUGUGUGGUGGCGAAAAACAAAAAACAUUUUUUAGUUUUGUAUAUGCUUUUUUGAGUUGUCUAUGGACUUCAUACAUAAUGGCAGUUGUUCACGAUCGUGUCCCAGAUACCACGAAGAGUGUUCUUUUACGUCGAUUUUUUGCAUUGACUGGCACGAUUUUCUUUCUUCGUUCAAUUACAAUGUUGGUAACAAGUUUAUCAGUACCCGGACCACACUUAGAAUGUACACCAUUCACGUAUGGGACGUUUCAUGAACGAUUUACACGUGGUUUAGAAAUAUUUUUAUUGCAAGGUUUAUCGAUCAAAGGUGUCAGAACGUGUGGUGAUUAUAUGUUCUCCGGACAUACCGUUAUACUAACUUUACUCAACCACUGCAUCACAGAAUACACAACAUCAGAUUUUUAUGUUAUUCAUUUAAUGUCUUGGAUAUGUAAUAUAUUUGGAAUGUUUCUUAUUUUGGCUGCUCAUGAACACUAUUCAAUCGAUGUGUUUAUAGCAUUUUUUCUUACAUCAAGAUUAUUUCUUUACUAUCAUUCGUUAGCAAAUAAUCUUGCCUUGACUCAAAAUGAUACUCGUUUAUCUAUUUGGUUUCCAAUGUUUAGUUAUUUCGAAAAGAAUGUAAAAUGUAUUAUACCAAAUGUAUUUCGAAUUCCAUAUCCUUUUUCUAAACUUAUAUCAUCUGAGAACAUAACAGAAGAAAAUGAUGGCGAUGAAAAUAAUAAAAGAACCGGUAGUGAAGUAAACGAACGAACUUUAUCUCAUUCAGAUAAAUAUUGUAAUAAUCCCAAUUGUUGUACAAGAAAAACCAAGUAA